CCAACAGAUCUGGAAGAAAGACUUUGUCUUGGAGCUAACUCCUGAACAUUUUGAGAUCAUUCAUCAUGAAGUAUGUAGUACAGGAAUGGCUCAGAGUAACUACCUUGCUAUUCAUAGCUCAAGCAGUUUCUGCAAUGGUUCUUCCCAAUGCCACGCUCUUAGAGGAACUUUUGGAAAAGUACAUGGAUGAAGAUGGUGAGUGGUGGAUCGCCAAGCAGAGAGGGAAAAGGGCUAUCACAGACAGUGAUAUGCAGAGUAUCUUGGAUCUUCAUAAUAAAUUACGGGGUCAGGUGUAUCCACCAGCUUCCAAUAUGGAAUAUAUGACAUGGGACACAGAACUGGAGAGAUCUGCAGAGUCGUGGGCUGAAACCUGUCUAUGGGAGCAUGGGCCUGCAAGCCUUCUUCCAUCAAUUGGACAGAAUUUGGGGGCACACUGGGGCAGGUACAGACCUCCAACAUUUCAUGUCCAAGCAUGGUAUGAUGAAGUAAGAGAUUUCACGUAUCCCCAUCCUCAUGAAUGCAACCCAUAUUGUCCUUACAAAUGCUCUGGUCCUGUUUGUACACAUUACACACAGGUUGUUUGGGCUACAAGUAGCAGAAUCGGUUGUGCAAUAAAUUUGUGUCAUAACAUGAACAUCUGGGGGCAGAUUUGGCCAAAAGCAGUCUAUCUUGUAUGCAAUUAUUCUCCUAAGGGUAACUGGUGGGGUCAUGCUCCUUAUAAACCUGGCCGCCCUUGUUCUGCAUGUCCCCCUAGUUUUGGAGGAGGUUGCAGAGAAAAUCUUUGUUACAGAGAGGAUUCAGAAAGGCCUUAUUCUCCCCACGAACCAGAAGAGGAAACCAAUGAGAUUGAACGGCAGCGAUCCAAAGCCCAGGAUGCAACGGUGCAAAGCCGGCCAAGAACUCAUUCACCUUCAGGCUCCACAGGCGCUGAUGACAGUGAGAAAAAUGAAGUAAUAAGCACACAGCAAAUGUCUCAGAUUGUUUCAUGUGAAGUAAGGCUAAGAGAUCAGUGCAAAGGAACAACUUGCAAUAGGUAUGAAUGUCCUGCUGGCUGUUUGGAUAGCAAAGCCAAAGUUAUUGGAAGUGUACAUUAUGAAAUGCAAUCCAGUAUUUGUAAAGCUGCCAUACAUUAUGGCAUCCUAGACAAUGAAGGUGGUUGGGUUGAUGUCACUAGGCAAGGAAGGAAAAAUUACUUUAUCAAGUCUUACAGAAAUGGCAUUCAGUCAGUUGGAAAAUACCAGUCUGCUAACUCAUUCACUGUCUCUAAAGUAACAGUUCAAGCUGUCACCUGUGAAACAACAGUGGAACAACUGUGCCCAUUUCAAAAACCAGCCUCACACUGUCCAAGGGUGUAUUGUCCUCGCAACUGUAUGCAGGCAAAUCCACACUAUGCUCGUGUAAUUGGAACACGAAUUUACUCUGAUAUAUCCAGUAUCUGCCGGGCAGCAGUACAUGCUGGUGUAGUCCGCAACCAGGGUGGUUAUGUUGAUGUUAUGCCAGUAGACAAAAGAAAGGUGUACAUUGCUUCCUUUCAAAAUGGAAUAUAUUCAGAAAGUUUACAGAACCCUCCAGGGAGCAAGGCAUUCAGAGUAUUUGCUGUUGUUUAAGUCUAGCAAGUAAAAUGUAAAAUAGGCAACUGAAACCAGAGCACUUGGAAGAGAAUAAUAAAGGCCAUUUCUUAUAAUUCCUAAAAUUUGUAUAAAGCUGUAACAUUAUUGUACAGAAGAUGUAUACUGCUUUCCACCAAAAAGUUUAAAUUACGUAUAUAUCUUAAUGAAAAAAUCUGUAAAAGUAAACAUGGGAGAAAAAUUCAGUUGAAAAUCUAUAAUGAUAUGUAACAAUAUUUUGAAUCCUGUGUUAAAUAUUGCUAUAUUUUCUUAGCAGUUACUCCUAUACAGUUAAUUCAAAGCUCAUAAAUGUUCUUUGUUUUCUUCAUCUGAAUAUAUUGUUGUAUGGUGCUUUAUAUAUGCCACUAACAGUAACCUUAAAACUAUACCAUAGGGAGGCCUGAGUUUUUAUUUCCAAUGUACAUAAAAGAAGCCAUCCCAAUAAUUCAAUAUAAUAAAUCAUGCCUUAAAGUAAAAUAAAAAUAUAUAUAACUUUUUGAUGAUUUACAGUAGCAUUAGCCAUGCAAGCAUAAAUGAAGAGCUAGACUGUUUUCAAUUUCACACUAAUCAUAACAAGUACAAAUACCUGUUUUGAAAUAAAGUGGAGAAUAUAAAAUAUAGGGAAGUCCUGGGUUGUAUUAGCAUGUUUUCCUCUAAAGAAGUAUCUUUAAGAGACUGGGCCAU